AUGCGGAGCUGUUGGGGUUUUUAUGCACUGGCUCACCGUGUGGCGCGUUCUUCUUUUUCUCUUUUUCAUGUUGCACGCACUUUCAUUUGUCUGUGGGUGCGUGUGUGUGCACAGAGCAGGACGUUAAGGCUGUUCCGCGUACAUGGCACCCCUCCCUCUGACAUAACAUCAACAAAAAGGCAAAUGAAAUUAUUUUCCUUUCAAAAUGUUCUUCCGUAUCCUGCCCCUUUUUGUGAGUUCGUACCGUGCUGCGCCUGCCCCAAAGGUGGUAGCGUGUCGGUUGAUCUUUGUGAAGUCGCUGUCUUCUGUUUGUUUUCCUUCGUUUCCUUCGUUUAA